AUGCCAGAUGGCCGGUGUGACCCUGCGGGCCGUUGGGCUGUUGCCAUCAGUAGAGCCGAAAUUGGAAUGGAGCUUUCACCAGCAAGGAGCUGCGGGGGCAUUACAAAAGCUGCUUCUACUUCUUCUUCGCAUCUUUGGGGGGGCAGGAGGGAAGCCGAGAUCGGCAAGAAAGACCAGCAUGCAGGCUGAACCUACAACCACCACGACCAACGGUGACAGGCACCCCCCCGUCUCGUGCACCCGUCGGGACAUACCUCCACUACAGCAGUACCCCUGCGCUUGCAAGAACGGCAAGGGCUUCCUCCAAAUCAAUCGUGUUCCAGACGCUAGAGGGACCAGUGCCACGCCAACUUCACCUUCAAGGAGGAGAGCAAGAUCGACGGGGCGGUCGGGUGCUCGGCCCUCGCCCCUGACUCGGACAACAAACUGCGACCUAACCGCUCGUUCUCAGCGUUCAAGUGUACACCCUUGUUGAGAAUACGGGGUUGGGUCGACCGUAUGCUUGGUGGCUUGACGGGGUUCAGGAUGGCCUCUAAUUUGUGCCAGACCUUCAGUUGGCUUCUGCUGUUUGCAACUUUUCGUGGGGGUCUCGCUUACUCCUGGUGUGUUUUUUUUCGUUUAUCUUGUUCGGUCUAAUCGAUUAAGUACUACUGUAACUUUUGGGCGUUGUCUGUCUCAGUUUGUGCGUGGCGUUGCCUGUUUGACGGUUUCCGGCGCUUGUCUGUGCAGGCUCUGGUUUGUAGCCAGAUUUUUUCUCGCAUUUGCUCCUGUGCAAGAAGUGCAGUAGUACUCGCUUAUUCCUGCAGUUUCUGCUGCUGCGCUCAGGAGUGGUGCAACAGGGGAUGAUUGAGUUCCUUUUAUCCACUGGCUUGGUGGCAAUUAACCGUCCAAACAAUCUUGUUUGCCGCUUCUUGGCC